UCGCCAAGUCCUCGAGACAAAACCCCGAGACGUCCCUCCCGCUCCAUACGUGCUUAUUCCCAGCACUUUUCACCCAACUCCCUGUUCGGCGCACGCGACUUUCAACACCCCCAGGUUACGCUAAGAAAAGGAGGUCUCCACCGCGCAGCAACAACCGCCGCCAUGAAGAGAGGCGUGACAAUAUUUAUUCUCGUCACCGUUGUCGUUCUCGGCUUUGCCGUGCACAGCGUGUGGACACUGCUCGGGCUACUGGUCGCGACUGGUCGCGAAGAUGCGAUUCUGCGCGGCGAGCUGCCCGCCCCCAACUCGAGCGCUGGCAACGACCGCGCGCAAUUGAUCCCCAAGAUCAUCCACCAGACGUACAUCAACGAGAGCAUUCCUGCGCACUGGAAGGGCCCCCAGCAGACAUGCAUCGAUCUGCACCCGGAUUACGAGUACAAGCUGUGGACCGACAAGAAGGCUCGCGAGUUUAUUUCCGACGAGUACCCAUGGUUCCUCGAGACAUUCGACGGCUACCCAUACCCCAUCCAGCGUGCCGACACGAUUCGAUACUUUGUGCUGCACCACUUUGGUGGCAUCUACAUUGAUCUGGACGAUGGAUGCAACCGUAGCCUCGACCCUCUCCUCGCCUACCCAGCCUGGGUCCGCCGCACCAUUCCCACCGGUAUCUCCAACGACGUUAUGGGCGCAGUCCCCCGCCACCCAUUCUUCCUCAAGGCCAUCGACUCUCUGACCGACUACAACCGUCGUUGGCCCCUUCCGUAUAUCACUGUUAUGGCUACAACCGGGCCUCUCUACCUCAGUCUUGUCUGGCGCCACUACAUGAACCAGAACCCCGAGGGCAACGAUCGCCUGCGUAUCCUGUUCCCCGAGGAGUACAACAACCACGCAUGGAGCUUCUUCACCCACCAUCUGGGCAACAGCUGGCACAAGACCGACGUCAAGGUCAUCUUCUGGCUGGGCAGCCACUGGAUCUUGGUGACCCUCAUCGGCUUCACAGUCGGUUUCACCAUUCUCGGGCUGUUGUACAAGGUUUUCUUCUUGAAUAAGGGCAACAAACAACCCAGCUCGCCCAGACUACGAUCUGCGUAUGCACGACUACCGUUCUACCGCCGCAUAAGCCAGAAGGACGUUGAGCUGGACGACCGACACGAGGUCUGAGCGAGACCUCGGCAGCGUAAAUGUUCGACCCAUGAUGUUUAAUGAGCGCAUUGUCUGUAUUUCCACUUGCAUAACCCGGCGCAUGUCACUUUCCACGACGCAUCGCAUUCUUCGAUUCAUCGACAUCCCAUUGUUUUCCUUCUCGCACACUAUUUUGUUGUAUCAUUUAAUUAUUUUCACGUUUGGCGGGCGCCAGCACGAUCCGGUGCGUCAUCAGUUCGAAAAGCAAAGACUAGAGAGUCGCCACUUAGCAUUUAGAAGGCUCUAGAGCGGUCGCGUCGUCCUGUCCAAAUCGCACUCUGCGAGUGCGGAGGAUCGGAGGGCGUUUAAUACCGCAAGCUAGAGACACCGAGGCGAGACAUG